AUGGGGAAGAAGCCCUCGACGAAUAAGACAACUUCCCAAAAACGCUGCAAAGGCAAAGGUGUAACUAUGCCGGUGGCACGGAACAAGGCAGCAAAGGGAAACAACAACAGUUCUGCUGUAACCAGUGAGCGGGGUUCCAGUUCCACAUCAUACCACUCAAAUCCUGCUGAUCACCCUUUGUUUGGCGUGAGGCGAUACACACACAAGAACCACAACUCAUCGGAUCCUGUGCUACAUGUCAAUGUCACUGACCAUUUAUCUUAUAAGAAUACUUUGACGCACAUUAAGGGAUGCGGAAACAACACACUUUGUGGUUUAUGGUAUCGGCACGAAUUGCCUCCUCGAGUUAAGGAGAAAGUAGCUUCUGUGGGGUUUUCAGACUUUGCAAUUUUACUUGGAACAAAGGGAAGAAGAGACAAACACCUCCUCAUGGCAUUGGCGGAGCGGUGGUGGGACACAACCCAUACAUUCCAUCUAGAUGAGGUCGGGGAGCUUACCAUGACCCCAAAGGACUUCAGUGCCAUAACGGGUUUACCCGUGUCUGGGAAGUCUUUACAGUAUGACAUGGAGGCUCAUACCAAAACUGAGGAGGUGGUGAGGCUUUUUGGGGACCCCAUUCGAAGCAUCCUUAAUGCCAAGAUGAAAUACAGGGACAUUGUCAAUUUGUACAAGAGGUGGAAGCCUCAAACCCCUGAACAAGAAGACCAGUUAACACGUGUCUUCAUUCUUGCAGUGCUUGGCAGCAGUUUGUGCAAUGAUAAGAGUGAUUCUGUAUAUUUAUAUUACAUGCCAAGCCUGGCUAAAAUUGAGGAAAUUAAAGACUAUAAUAGGGGAGGGGCUGGGUUGGCAUGCUUGUAUCUGUCAAUGGAUGCUCUUUCUCGAGGGCUAGUGGCAAGCACAGGAGGUUAUUGGCGAGCAUGGGAGGUAUGGGCUUGCGAGUACUUGAAGCCACUUGCUUUAACUCGACCAUUGAAUAAUGUGGAUUUGUUUCCGCGGGCAUUUCGUUGGUUAUCUGCCCCAGAUGUGCGGGGAACAUCCCACAACUUGGAACAGUUUAGGACAACACUCCGAUAUAUCAGUACUGAUCAACAUUCCUAUGACCAAAAAAAGGAUUCUACUACAAGGACCAGCCGGUUAUGCUUGGUAUUUAGGAGAAAGGGUAUCUAUGCAAAGCUUAGGUACAGCAGAGCCACGAGUCCCGAAAAGACCCCUACAACCAUGAUUAAAGUCAUGAAAGUACUUGCUUCGGACCAAGAAAUUAAAGCAUCACUUAAAGGCUUUAAUGCAGAGGACUGGUUGGCUGAAUCCACUAAUUAUGUACUCUUUCGAAAUGAGUAUGUCAGAUAUAAGCAUUAUCCAACUGUCAUCAAUAAUAGUGCAAAAGAAGGUGUGUGCUCUGUUGGUCCGAACUUUCAAGCUAGUGAAAUUAAAAUUCCUUCUUGGAGUGUUCAAGUGGUGGGAUGGGGGGACGCAAAUGAUUGUGAAGUGUUGGAUAUCCCAAGAGGCAAGUCUAGCACGUGCUUACCACUUCCGGAGGAUGUGAAAUAUGUAAGUGCAUCGACGGCAACAGAACUAUUGGAUAUGAUUAGUGGCCUAAAUUCAUUGCUCUUCAGUAAAUGCAUGGCUGCUAGGACAAUCAUAAGUGAGCUUCGACAGGGGACACACACUCAACACAAUGAUAACCCCCUUGGUAGAAAAGAAAUUGCUGAUGCGGAAGAUGACGAGGAGAACGAUAACGGUUUUCAGACAUCAAGUGAGGAUGGUGAGGAGGAUGAGGAAAACGUGGAGGAUGAGGAGGAUGAGGAAGAUGAGGAAAACGUGGAGGAUGAGGAGGAUGAGGAGGAUGAGGAGGAUGAUGAGGAAAACGUGGAGGAUGAGGAGGAUGACGAAAACGUGGAGGAUGAGGACGUCGAGGAAAACGGGGACGGGGAUGAAAAUGACCAGGAGGACGAGGAAGAUGAGGUAUUAGUGGAGGAGACCACAACCAAGCCACCACCCCCUAACACCAAAGGAAAAGGAGCUGUGGCGAUUAAAGGAAAAGGCAAAGCAUCACCACAGAAACGCAAGACCUCUUUGCCGGAACCAGAACCAGAACCACACCCUAUUAGUAAGAGGCUAAGGCUAAGGAAGAAAACAUAA